UGUCUGUCUGUCCGUCCGUCCGUGCAACGGAUAACUUGAGUAAAAAUUAAGAUAUCUUAAUGAAACUUGAAACACAUGUUCCGUGAGAGGGUUGUUUUCAAAAAUGGGCAAAAUCGACAGUACGCCCACAAAAUGGCGAAAACCGAAAACAUUACUUAAGCGGGGAUCACUGUAUAAAAAAACCUAUUUGAGACGUUGCCACGUCUAUUUCCAAAAAAAUUACAUCCAAAUAUACCCCUGCCUAAUCCGAUAGUUUGUACCAAAUUUCACUUUUAUAACUUUAUGUAUGGCUUAGUUAUGGCACUUUAUGUGUUUACGCCAAUUUGUUGGCGUGGCAGUGGACUGAUUUCGCCCAUUCAACACGUCUCGUAAUCCUGAUCAUUUUGAUAUACAAAACCCUAUAUCUAACUCGUUUUGUUUUAUAAUUUACAAACAACCGUUAUGUGAGCAAAACUAUGAUCUAAACUCUCUUAGCAACUUUUGUUGCGAGGGUAUACAAAUUGCCCACAGGCUACUAAUGUUAAGCUAUGCAAGCCCAAUCCGAUAGGUCUUGUUUUAACACGAAGUAGGAAAAUCUUAUACUGGAUUGCAUAGCUCUCUGCAGCGAUUCCGCUACAACACCUCCACAUAGCAUUUGUUUUUCCACACUGUUGUACACUUGUGAAUCACAAGUUGCGAUAUUCAAGUUUUCGCCCACAAUCUGGUAAAUAAAGCACUCAAGGCUUUUGUAUGCUCACUCAAUGAAAAUGGAAAACGAGUGGCAAAAAACAUGUUGAAUUUGCCUACUCCACCACCAAAACAACACUGUGGUAAGUUUGGCUUGACUUAACUAGAAUACUGGAUGCUGCAUACAGAUGUGGUCUUGUGCCAACAGUUUGUUCCUGUUUCUGAAGACAUUCGUGCGAGUGAAUGCGGAUAAUGCUUUAGUGGAACCAAAAAAGGUUAACCAGUGCAUGCACAAAUGGAGGUGUGAAAAGUCAGUGUUGCUCAUAAAAAGUUAACAGCCAAAAAGCGGAAGCCACUCAAGCAUUUAAUGUCGUAUGUCAAAGUUUAAAAACACCCCAUCUACACAGAUGGAUCAACAAAGGUAUUACUUCGUCUUAACGCCGGAUAUACAAGCAAUAAAGUGGCUACUAUUUUGUGAAAAAAUUUAAUGGCCCUGAAGUGAGAAGGCGUAAAACACAAGCUUGGUGAAAUAAAAUGAAAGUGUUGAUCAAAAGCAUAAAAGGAAUUGUGUAAUAAAGGGCAAAUCCUUUCGAAAACCUGUAAUUUAUAGAAUUACAUACAUAUGUAUAUAUGUGAAUACUUAUAUACAAACAUAAACAAACAUAAAUUUAUAUGUGUGCCAAUAGUUCAAUGAAGAUAAAUACAUAUGGUUUUCUGAGACAUAUUGUUCAUAACUAAUUCCGCUCAUCAAGUUCAUCAGAUAUUCUUACGGCCGUUAAUAUAAAAAAAUGCUUAACAUCGCUACUAAUAAAGAGAAGUGUUAAGAGUUUUCCUCUGACAGACUAAAGAAUUGUAAUUAGUAGAUUAUUUUAAAGACGUUCUAAGAAGUAAUAGUUAAAAGAAUAAUAAUAUAUAUAAACAUAAAAACAAAAUUAUUUGGAUACAGUGCCCGAAAAUAAAUAUAUGUAUAAAAGUUAUGCCAAGUGAGGAAUAAUGGAAUUACGGUGGAAAUCAAGGAAUGAAAUAUUGUUUAAUGCAGUGCAAGAGAAAUCAUACGCGGGACCGAGGACGUAAAAUGAAAAGACAGUCGACAGCGGUAUCGUUUCCGUACAUAACAAAGAGAGAAAGUGAAAAGAAUGAAGCAUAUAUUGGAUUACUGCGCCUUGCGACUUAUGUCUUUAACAAUAUUCAUGACGAUCAUUGGUUCGCAAAAUCAAAUGUUAUUAACGUUAGCAUCGCCUUUGAUAAACACUAGAGUUAAUAUUGACUAUAACUCCACAGCAAUGGAGACAAUCGGCUCAACAUUAUCUUUAUCAUCAGCAUCUUUAGGCGCAGGAACUGAUGUAACAGUGCCAACAACUUUCACUGCAUCAUGGCUUUAUAGCAAUUCACAUAAGACGCUCAUUAGUAGGAAUGCCAUAACAAAAGAUGUAAUAGAUCCGGACAAAACUAGCACAAGUCCGAUUGGCAGCACGACCUCGAAUUCUAAUGGUUCAUGGAUGAAUACAUCAUCCUCAACAAAAUUAAAUUCAUUUACAAGCACCAGCAAGCUACCUUACGAUUACACACUAACCAAGAAAUGGAUUGGUUCUGAAGAGGCUGUUAGCUUUCACGCUUCGUCUCCCAUAGUCCAAGCAACAUCGAUAGCGGCUACACCUGCGGAUAGGGCGAGGACAUUUCGCAACAAACAUCAUCAUGAACAUCAUUGGGGUCCAUUUUUUGAAGAGCCCCUCAAUUCAACAACGGCAGGAGAAAAUUCAUUAUCUACUGCACAUCUAUAUACAGAAGCCGUGCUUAAUUGCAGAGUGGGGAUGCUCAAAGACAAAACGGUUAUGUGGGUCAGACGAACAACAGAAAAGGUCUCAUUAUUAACUGUUGGAAAUAUAACGUAUAGCGGAGACCCACGAAUUCGCGUCAAGUUUCAAUAUCCAAACAAUUGGCGACUGCUCAUUAAUCCGACACAUAGGGAGGAUGCCGGCGUCUAUAUGUGUCAAGUGUCCACGCAUCCACCGCGAGUUUUUACAACAAAUCUAACCAUAUUAGAACCUCCAUUACGUUUAAUAGAUGAUCAGGAGCGAGAAGUAAGCGAUCGAUAUUACAAAACUGGGAGCACCAUUGACCUUUACUGCCAAGUAUCAAGAAGUUUUCUAAUAAAGGAGAAUCUAAAAAUUGCAAAAUCUUUACAACCUUAUGAGCAAAAUCAAACAAAAGGAAACCCAAAUAAAAGUCAAAUAGGAGCCAAUCGAUUGGGUUCCGGAUACAAUGAAUUAGUGUCGAGCAACAAUCAUAGUAAUGCCAAGAUGUCAGGCCUCGCCUUGGAAAAACAAUUCAGCAGCAUGAUUUUUUGGACAAAGAAUGACGAAAUGUUGCCAUUUACCGCUAUCAAACGAUCAAGCACCUCAGAGAAAUGGCUUAUUAGUCGUAUUUCAAUACCAGACGCCAAACUCAUUGAUAGUGGGAACUAUUCCUGUUCUAUUGGGAAGCUCUUCACUGCAAUAGUUCAGGUGCAAGUGCUGACAGGAGAAUUGCCAGCUGCCGUACAGCAUAACACCGCCUCGAAGUUAUUGUCUCGUUUCCCAGUGUCUAUGCUUUCGAAUUGGCUAUUUUGUAUAUUAUUAUUGUUGCCUUCAAUAUUACUCCGCGAAACAUAUCGCCUUCCACUUGAAAUGGCUUAAAAAGCACAUAUUAAAUUGCACCCAUGUACAUACAAAUAUAUAUUUAUACAUACAUAUGUACAUAUGUAGAUAUGUAGAUAUAUAAGUUCAAUUGUUUCAAAAUACGUUAACAAUUAACACAAUUUAGACACGACUUUUAAUACCUUACGACUUGCGAUAACUUUAAACAUACAUAGGUACAUGCAUAUUUGUAGUUAAUUGAAUAACAUUUGUUAAUGUGUACAUGGAAAUAAUGAAUAGGACAAUUCUCCACAAUUCGUAACUGAAUCAAAAUGAUGGAAAUGGCUGUAAGCUCCUUUUGACUGCACCCAAUCUAAGGCAAAAAAAAAUAUGUAUAACAAGCCUUAGACUGCACACACGCAUGUGAGUUUGUCUCACUAUUUGUCCAUUGGAAGGACAAUUGUGCAGGGUAAUUAAGUAAUCUUAUUUAGUAAUCUAAGCUGCAUACAUACAUAUAUAUAUAUAUAAAUUGUACGCAUUCAAAUAUAUCUAUUUACAUGUAAGAUGUAAUGUAUAUCUUAAGAGAUUGUACAAUAUUAAAAUAAAACAGUCGCACGCUAAUUCGCAUCCAUAAAUUAUAUUUUGAAAGUCAAGGGUUCGCCAAUUUGGAAUGUAAUCAAUUGAUUAAAUGUGCUGUAAGAGAAACCAAAUAAUCCAAACUUUAAUAAUCUAAGGACAGUGGAUCAGCCGUCAUAAAGUAUUUGGAAGAGUUGAAGCUUACUUACUCAAUUCCCGUUUAACAGUUAUAUGAAUAAAUGCACAUAAGAAUGUAUCUUGACGUAUCGGUGUAUUGCAUAUCUCGAAAAAAUGUGAUGGGUCGAAUUACUUUUCGUCGAAAAAAUACACAAUAAAUAAAACU